GUCUAGAUUUCCUGCUGUUGGCUAAAUUUCCUGUUUCCUGCUCGAUUUGUAGCGACGGUCUAGAGUUCCCAGAUGCCGUGAGGCUUGCUUCGGUUUUGUUUUGAGCCUUUCUUUCCGCAAUUAGACUACAUCUCCCAGAAGUCCGGUGGGUAGGGCCUGCCGGUUUAGAGAACGCACGUGGGAGGAAAGUUGGGGGAAGGUGAGGCUACUCAGCGACGGGCUGGCAAAGUUUCUGAGUCUUUCCCUGGUGAGAGUUCUCACGUCUAGCUAUGCGGCUUUCAGUCCUGCUGGCCUUGGCAUCCAAAGCCACGCUGUCCCCCUAUUACCGCUAUGGAAUGAGCCGUCCAGGUUCCAUAGCGGACAAAAGGAAGAAUCCUCCAUGGAGCAGGAGGCGACCAGUAGUGGUCGAGCCCAUCUCUGAUGAAGACUGGCACCUCUUCUGUGGAGACAUGGUGGAAAUCUUAGAAGGCAAGGAUGCGGGGAAGCAGGGCAAGGUAGUCCAAGUCAUUCGGCAGCGAAACUGGGUCGUCCUGGAAGGGUUGAACACGCAUUACCGCUACAUUGGCAGAACCAAGGACCACCGAGGGACCUUGAUCCCUAGUGAAGCCCCUUUGCUUCACCACCAGGUCAAGCUAGUGGAUCCUGUGGACAGGAAACCCACUGAGGUGCAGUGGAGAUUUACUGAGGCAGGAGAACGUGUUCGAGUCUCUACAAGAUCUGGGAGAAUUAUUCCCAAACCUGAAUUUCCUAGAGCAGAUGGCAUUGUCCCUGAAACGUGGACUGAUGGCCCCAAGGACACAUCAGUGGAAGAUGCUCUAGAAAAAACUUACGUGCCCCGGCUAAAGACAUUAGAAGAAGAUGUGAUGGAGGCCAUGGGGAUCCAAGAGACUCGAAGAUUCAAGAAAAUUUAUUGGUAUUGAGUCUCAGUCUUCACCUUGAGAGUGGAGGCCCUUCUUUCUAAAAUACCAAUAAAGAGCCUUGAGUGCAGCUGCUGACUGCACCACCCCUCA